AUGGGAACGCUGAUUAGAGCAGCCGUGCUUGUAAGCCUGCUUCUGUUCUGCAACGCUCUCCUGGACCUGACAGGCCCCAGUGAGAUGGAAGGUGUAUGGAAGGGGUCUGCUGUCCUGCCAUGCACCUAUGUGCCUGGGGAGAACUUUGUGCAGCACGCCCUUACGUGGUCUGUGGUGCAUGACCAGAGUUCUGGUACUGUCUUCCGGAGGGAUGCCUCUGGGGAUCAUGUUCUCCUGUCUGAGUACAGAGACAGGGUUGAAGUCCCAAAGAACCUGCCAGGGAACGUGUCUCUCCACAUCUUGAAACUGGAAAUAUCUGACAGGGGAACCUACACUUGCCAUGUCACCUGGACAGCCAGCAACAACAGUCAGAUAGCAAAAGAGAUCAGCACUAAAGUUGAAGUUGUCAAAGUGCCAGCGACCAAGCCUACCAUCAGGGCUGGCGCGCUGGGGCUGACGGUGCCAGCGGGAGCCAGGACCAGCCUGACCUGCGUGGCCCACGGGUCCCCACCCAUCAGCUACCGCUGGUUCCGGGCAGUGCCAGGGGGGACAGCCCUGCCGCUGAGCAGCCAGGCCGAGCUGACGUGGGACAGCCUGCGGCCUUCCGACGCGGGGACAUACUACUGCGAGGCAGAGAACAGAGUCGGGGCAGGGGCGGUGCAGCGGAGCGAUGCCGUUGAGCUGGUGGUGAGAGGGUCCCCAGUCACACAGCCACCCACGCCUGGGACCAGCCGGCACACAGGACCCCCACUCACCUCGGAAGGCAGCGAGGCUCCCCGCGUGCUGGGAGGUGAGUGACCCGGGCAGCAGGGAAGGGCUGGUUCCACCCUGCUGGCAUGCAAAUAGCACAGGCUGUCAG